AUGGCAGCGACGUUCAAUGCAGCUGAUUACGGUCGCCCGGAAGACGCCUCGCUCAAACCGUCUUUGGGCGAUACCAAUGUUCUAGCCAGUGGUCUGGAACUUACAUUUUCAGCCACGCUAGAUGAUGCGGAAAACCUGGAACAACUGGGUCCCAUCAUUAAGCAGAUUACGGAAACCGGAAAACAAGGUGCCUUUCUCAAUCAGUUGGAUGCGCUUAUUCGAAAGAAAGACGGCGAGAUUGAACGCAUGUGCAAUGCUCACUAUCAGGAAUUCGUGCAUGCGGUGGAUCAACUCCUCAAAGUACGGCAAGGGUCGGUGGAUCUACGUCGCAAACUUACCGAUGUUAAUGCUACACUGCAAUCCAGAGGAAAUAAACUUGUCGACAAGCGAAAAGAAUUGAUAGAAGCGCGCAAGGUUCAACAGAACAUUGAUGAUGCGAUCGAAGCGCUACAAAGCAGUUUAUCCGUAUUAGAAUUGGCCAACAAAGUGAAUUACCAACUUGAUCAGAAGAAAUACUAUUCCGCACUCAAGACUUUGGAAGGAUUGGAACAAAACAAUUUAUGCGAUAUCUCUCAAUACAGCUUUGUGAAUCAUCUAAUCCAAGGCGUGCCCAUGAUGCAAAACAUGAUCAAGGAAAAUGUCACAGUGGCAUUAAAAGAAUGGCUUGCAAGAGUUCGUGAAAUUUCGCGAGAGGUGGGCACCUUGGCCAUGCAACGUAUGCAAGAAAGGCAAGAACUCUGGCGAGCAAAAACGGCGGAAAAUCCAAAACUGUGGAAUUUGCAGCAUCAUAAUGUCAAUUCAGCCAUCGAAAUGGUGGUGAACGAAGGCUUAGAAAUAAAUAUCGAUUUUGAACCUCUCUUCCGUUGUAUCCACGUAUAUGACACCUUGGGAAAACGACAAGAAUUCAAAUCCUCUUACGAAGAAGAUCGCAGGGCGCAAGCCAACUUGGCACUGUCGUCCCCCAUCAACUUGCGUGAUGGUAAUUUAUCGACAUUUGAAACGUUACUGCAAGAUAUUGUCGGUUUCUUUAUAUUGGAGCACAUCAUUCUUCACAGCACGUCCGACUUUCGAAGUCAAUCCGAGGUCGAUGGACUUUGGGAGAUGGUGACUUCCAAAGUAAUCCUGGUCGUUUCCGAGAGUUUGAAAGGAUGCAGUGAUCCAGAACUGUUCCUGAAAAUCAAAUUUUCCUUGCUACUGUUCAUUCAGACACUGGAAGGUUUUGAUUAUUCUGUUAAACCGCUUCAGGAAACGCUGCUCGCUUUGUUUCAGCGUUAUUCUGAACUUCUCAUCAAUCAAUAUAGUCAAGUCUUUGAAAAGAUUGUGGAAGAUGAUGAAUGUAUGCCAAUGACUGUAUCGAGCGAGGAAGAACUGAAUGAAGUCAUGCAAUAUACCCGGUACCGCCCUGAUCGUGAAUUUUUGAAGCGUCACGGAUUUCCUCUCCGACUCCCUUUCUCCAAAGUCUUUCCUACCUGUUGUCGCGACGUCAGUGCGUUUGUGCAUCAGUUCUACCAGUUUGCCGAAGGUUUCUCGCAAACACAUGGGGAGAUGGAUGAUAUCUUGAAGAGGGCUGUGGAUAGCUUGUUGAUCAACAAGGUCGAUGCCAUUCUUCUCAAGAAACUGCGAUCCACCAAUUUGUCUCAAAUUGUUCAAAUCAUUAUCAAUAUCGAGUAUUUCGAGUCCACGUGCCCUGAUUUUGAAAUGCUGCUUAUGGAAACCCGCUCCUUCCAUCGUUCAGGAAGGAUCCAUUUGAAGGCGACCUCGACCUUUAAUGACACGCGAAAGAAGGCAGAAAAGCGCAUUUUCGAGCUCGUCAAUUCCAAACUGGAUGAGUUUUUGGAGCUUUCAGAUUUUGAUUGGUAUAUAUCUGUUGGCCUUUCUCAUAGCGUCUCCUUUGAAUAA